AACAACAGUUUCGCAGAUGAUCACGUGAUCGAAGAUCGACUUCUUCGUUUGUGGCCACGAGGUUUUGUGGUGAAAAUUAAGUUUACCGGGUGGAAAAGGCCCUCUAUUUUUGUAUUUAUACAAAAAUGUCCUCCAGCAAUCCUUUGCCACCCAAAGAAAAUGCCUUGUUUAAGCGAAUUUUGAGAUGUUAUGAACACAAACAAUACAAAAAUGGAUUGAAAUUUGCAAAGCAAAUCUUAUCAAAUCCAAAAUUCAGUGAGCAUGGAGAGACAUUGGCGAUGAAAGGUCUGACUCUGAAUUGCUUAGGUCGCAAAGAAGAAGCAUAUGAUCAUGUACGGCGUGGUCUUAGGAACAGUUUACAGUCUCAUGUAUGCUGGCAUGUUUAUGGACUGUUACAGCGUUCCGAUAAGAAAUAUGAUGAGGCUAUCAAAUGUUAUAGAAAUGCUCUUAAAUGGGAUAAGGACAAUAUCCAAAUCCUUAGAGAUUUAUCUUUACUUCAAAUUCAAAUGAGGGAUUUAGAAGGAUAUAGAGAUACAAGAUAUCAAUUGUUUAUGUUACGUCCAACACAACGUGCUUCUUGGAUUGGUUUCGCUAUAUCUUAUCAUUUAUUAAAAGACUAUGAGAUGGCGCUUAAAAUUUUAGAUACAUUUCGAAAUUCACCUAUGAUUUGUUAUGAUUAUGAACAUAGUGAAUUGCUGUUAUACCAAAAUAUGGUUAUUCAAGAAUCUGGUGACAAUGAACAAGCUUUAAAACAUCUUGAUAAGUAUCGAUAUCAAAUUUGUGAUAGAGUCACUUUAAAAGAGACAUAUGGUAAACUCAGACUUCAGCUUCAACAAUAUGCAGAAGCAACACAGGUUUACAAAGAAUUAUUAAAUAUCAAUCCAGAAAAUACUACAUAUUAUGCUAAAUUAGCAGAGGCUGAAAGACAUGAAACACCAGAAGAUACAUUGAUUAUGCUCCAAAGAUACGAAGAAUUAUUUCCUCGUGCAUUAGCACCAAGACGUUUACAAUUGAAUUAUGCUACCGGAGAUCAAUUUAAAACAUUAGUCGAUUUAUAUUUACGACGAGGCCUUCAUAAAGGUGUACCACCAUUGUUUGUUAAUCUUCGUUCGUUGUAUAAUGACAAACAAAAAGUUGAGGUUAUUCAAUCUCUUGUUCUGGAAUAUAAGGAAGCGUUAAAAGCCCAUGGUCAUUUUAGUAAUCAAGAAAAAGAUAAUCCACGAGAACCAGCGUCGGCUUUAUUAUGGACUUAUUAUUAUUUAGCUCAACAUUAUGAUUAUCUUGGUCUUACAGAGAAAGCGCUGAAUGAGAUUGAUGCUGCCAUAGAUCAUACGCCUACAUUAAUAGAACUGUUUGUUACCAAAGGACGAAUAUUUAAGCACGCUGGAAAUGUUCAAGAAGCGUAUAAGUGGUUGGACGAAGCUCAAGGAUUAGAUACCGCAGAUCGAUAUAUUAAUUCUAAAUGUGCCAAAUAUAUGCUACGUGCUAAUUUAAUAAAAGAAGCAGAAGAGACAUGUGGGAAGUUUACAAGGGAAGGCGUAUUAGCCAUGGAAAAUUUAAAUGAAAUGCAAUGUAUGUGGAUACAAAUGGAAGCAGCACAUGCGUAUCAACGUCUUGGAAAAUAUGGAGAAGCGUUAAAGAAGUGCCAUGAAGUUGACAGGCACUUUUCGGAAAUUAUAGAAGAUCAAUUCGACUUUCACACAUAUUGCAUGAGAAAAAUGACAUUAAGAUCUUACGUUGGUCUCUUGAGGUUAGAGGACGUCCUUCGUGCUCAUCCAUUUUAUUUCAAGGCUGCAAAAUGUGCGAUGGAGGUUUAUCUUCGUUUACAUGACUAUCCUUUGCCGGAUCCAACGCAGACACAAGAAAUCGAUACGGAAAAUUUGGCACCGUCUGAGUUGAAGAAGCUUAGGAACAAACAGAGAAAGCAACGUAGGAAGGCUGAAUUAGAACGACAACAGGCUGCCCAAGCUCAAGAAAAAAGGGAACAACAUAACAAGUCUCGACAACAAACAGAUCCUGAUUUAGAACAACCUACAUUGGACGAACUUAUUCCAGAGAAAUUGGAAAGGGUUGAGGAUCCUUUGGAACAAGCGAUAAAGUUUUUACAACCACUUCAAGAUCUAGCAGCAAAUAGAAUAGAAACCCAUCUAAUGGCUUUUGAAAUCUACAUUCGUAAAGGUCGUACUUUAUUAAUGUUGCGGUCAAUAAAGCGUGCUCAUAGGCUGGACUCGAAUAAUCCAGAUCUCCAUACGUGUUUGGUGCGAUUUUUAUUGAAUACAAGUCGUUUGUCAUUGGAGGGUGCAGUAGGUGAAGUUGUGAAGCGACAAACGGCAGACAUAUUCUCAGAUUCAACGGCUGUACAAUUGAAUGCGGAAUAUUUGAAGAAAAACAGGAACUCUCUGCCGCAUUUGCUUCAAGGUGCAAGAAUGUUAUAUCUUUUAGACCCGUCGGCUCAAGCGAGAGCCUUGUCUCUUGUUACGAAUACGGAUGAACUUGAAAAUGUGACGCUUAAGAAUUGCACGAAGGUGCUAGAAUCUAUGCAAAACGGUGACUUUGGUUACUGCGACAGUACGAUAGCCGAAUUUAUAUCAAAAUGUCACAAACUCUUCCCGUACGCUACUGCGUUUCGGCUGCAGGAAACAAAACCUACUGCCAAUCAUCAAGACAAGGAAAAUUCUAUUAAGAACUGAUCCAGGUACGCGCUAUCUAGCGUCGUCACUGGCUUGCUACUACGUAGUUAGGCGAGGCAAUCGUGAGAGGCGAAAUAUCGAAACUUAUCGAUCUACGUCGAAAGAUUUAAAAAAAAAAAAAAACGAAAAAAAAGAAAAAUUAUUCAAUUUAAAAAUUAACGAGAGAGAGAGAGAGAGAAAGAGAGAAAGAGAGAGAGAGAGAGCGAGAGAGAGAGAGA